CGCGGGGCCGUCCGGGGUGAGCGGCCGGUCCCGGGGCCAUGGCGGAGGCGGAGGCGGUCGGGGGGAAGCGGGCCGAGUCGGCGCGGACGCGGCGGGCCGAGCAGCUGCGGCGCUGGCGGGGCUCGCUGACGGAGCUGGAGGCGGGCGGCGGCGCGCGGCCCUCCCGCAGGCCCCGCCGGGCCCGGGUGCGCUUCGAGGACGGCGCCGUCUUCCUGGCCGCCUGCUCCAGCGGGGACACCGACGAGGUGGGCAGGCUGCUCGCCAGAGGCGCGGACAUCAACACCGCCAACGUGGACGGACUCACCGCCCUGCACCAGGCCUGCAUCGAUGAGAACCUGGACAUGGUGAAGUUCCUAGUGGAGAAUCGAGCCAAUGUAAACCAGCAAGAUAAUGAGGGAUGGACUCCCCUUCAUGCGGUGGCUUCCUGUGGUUAUCUUAACCUAGCAGAGUAUUUUCUAAACCACGGAGCCAGCGUAGCUGCUGUGAAUAGUGAAGGCGAAGUCCCUUCUGACCUUGCAGAAGAAGCAGCUAUGAAGGACCUACUCCUGGAGCAAGUGAAGAAGCAAGGCGUCGACCUGGAGCAGUCGCGGAAGGAGGAAGAGCAGCAGAUGCUGCAGGAUGCCCGCCAGUGGCUCAACAGCGGGAAAAUCGAAGACGUGAAACAGGCUCGAUCGGGUGCCACGGCCCUCCACGUGGCUGCUGCUAAGGGUUAUUCGGAGGUUCUCAGGCUCUUGAUCCAGGCUGGCUACGAAUUGAACGUCCAAGAUUACGAUGGCUGGACUCCACUCCACGCUGCUGCCCACUGGGGGGUCAAAGAGGCCUGCUCCAUCUUGGCCGAAGCACUCUGUGACAUGGAUAUCAGGAAUAAACUGGGCCAGACGCCGUUUGACGUGGCCGACGAGGGUCUUGUGGAGCACUUGGAGAUGCUUCAGAAGAAGCAGAACAUGCUGCGCAGCGAGAAGGAGACGAGGAACAAACUCAUCGAGUCAGGCUUGAAUGGCAAGUUGCAGAGCGGACUCUUUAAGAACAAAGAGAAGAUGCUUUAUGAGGAAGAGCCGCCCAAAUCCCAGGAAGCAGAGGAAGAGAACAAGGAAUCCAGCAGCUCCAGCUCUGACGAAGAGGAAGAAGGGGAGGAUGAGGCUUCUGAGUCAGACACGGAAAAGGAGACCGAGAGAAAGCCAGAAGCUGUCGUCAACCAUUCCGGCUCCGAAUCCAAGAGUAAUGUCAUCGAACAAAUACCACCACCAGCUCAGAAUACCUUCUCGGCUUCUCCUGCUAGAAGGUUCUCCUCCGGCUUCUUCAGCAAGACCGAAGAGCCCAAGGAUGAAUCUCCCUCUUCAUGGAGACUGGGGCUCCGCAAAACUGGCAGUCACAACAUGCUGAGCGAGGUGGCCACCUCCCGCGAGGCCCUGAGGGACCGGGGAUCCUCAAUCUACCGCUCUUCUUCCAGUCCUCGGAUUUCUGCGCUGCUCGACAACAAAGAAAAGGAGAAGGACGGCAAAAGCUACUUCGCCUCAAUCGCACCUCGAAGGCUCAACAGCACAAGUGACAUAGAAGAGAAGGAGAACAGGGAAUCGGCGGUUAACCUCGUGCGGAGCGGCUCCUACACCCGGCAGCUGUGGAGGGAUGAACCAAAGGGGAAUGAACCUCCCCAGUCUGGCACGCCAUCCACCUACGUCUCCACCUAUCUGAAAAGUGCUUCAUUUGGUAGAAGUAGUGACCCCACCAGCCCCUCCAUUUCAGCCAAUCGCAAUUCAUCUCCUGCUACCUCACCCACUACCUUUGGUUCAUCUACCUCUCGGGGCAGCCAGUGGCCACCUGCCUCUUCCUGUCCCACACCAAUCAGUGCAAACACUACUACGUCAGUUCAGCCUGGCAGAGCCUCCUACAAGCCACAGACUGACACGGCAGCGGAGAAGGCUACAGAGAACAUCUCUUCUAGUACCCCCCUGUGUGUGAUCACCAACCGCCCCCCUCCCAACACCACCAACGGAGUCACGACGGCCAGUGUGCUCUCAACUACUGGAACGGACCCCUCGGCGGAAGCCAGGGAGAGGAGGCGGUCAUAUCUGACGCCUGUCCGGGACGAGGAAGCUGAGUCCCUUAGGAAAGCUCGCUCCAGGCAAGCCAGGCAGACCCGCAGGUCUACACAGGGGGUGACACUAACUGACCUUCAGGAAGCAGAAAGAACCUUCAGCCGGUCUCGGGCCGAGCGGCAAGCUCAGGAACAGCAAGGUGAGAAGUCAGAGGACGCCAGCGAGAGGCAGGAGUCAUCGACAACAAGAGAACUUGGGGAGAACCGGCAACGGUGGAGUAGAAACUUGGACAAUGAGUCGGUGUAUCGACGAUUGAGGUGCCCGGCCCAGCAAGAUAAACCUACAACACCAGUAUCCCCUUCUGCGUCGAGCCCCUCCCUGUACGUGGCUUCCCAUCACCUCCGGGGGAGUAGGUCUUCGGGCCUUGACACUGAGAGUGCGACCACCACCCGGAGCACGGAGAAGGAGAUGGACAAGAAUGAGAGUGAAGAUCGGGAUGUAGACGACCAGUCUUCCAACAAGCUGUCCAUCCGGGAGCGACGGCGGCCAAAGGAGAGGAGGAGAGGCACAGGCAUUAAUUUCUGGACAAAGGAUGAGGAUGAAGUGGAUGGCACUGAGGAGGUGAAGGAAACACGGCAUGAAAGGCUUUCCAGGUUGGAAUCGGGCAGCAGCAACCUCACCACCAGCGAUACGUACAGUGACCGGGCUUCAGCCCGGGCCCGCCGGGAGGCCCGCUUGGCUUCUCUCACCAGCCGCGUGGAAGAGGACAGCAACAGGGAUUACAAAAAACUGUACGAGAGCGCCCUGACUGAGAACCAAAAACUCAAAACGAAACUUCAGGAAGCCCAACUGGAGCUGGCGGAUAUCAAAUCCAAACUGGAGAAGGUGGCCCAGCAGAAACAAGAGAAAAGCUCUGACCGGUCGACGAUGCUGGAGAUGGAGAAAAGGGAGAGACGGGCCCUGGAGCGGAAGAUGUCUGAAAUGGAGGAAGAGAUGAAGGUUUUGACCGAGCUGAAGUCUGACAACCAGCGACUGAAAGAUGAAAACGGUGCCCUCAUCCGAGUCAUCAGCAAACUCUCCAAGUAGACCCUCAGGAGGCCGGAUGGGAAGACUGUUCUCUUGCUCGAGCGACUCUGCUUUUCCCCCCUCCCCGUCACCUUCCAGCCGAGAAAGCCAAUGGGAAUAGUCAGCUUUUUGGCCUUGGGAUCAACUUGCCUCCCUUCUCCCCACUUUCCCCUUCCUGCCCCGUGUACAGAUCUCAGUGCCCAAGUCCAUUUUAAUUCACUUCUAAUUUAAGCAUGAUGCAACCAAGGACGCUUUCUUUGGAGACAGGAGAAAGGGGUGAGGCCUUGGACCCCGAGGCUUCCAGCCCCUCUCCCCCUCAGUCCUCUUUGAACCAGCUCCGAUUCAGCCCAGUUGGUACUUGACAGUGGUCAGCCAUCACUGCGCAGCCACGUAUUGAAUGGACCUAAACGUCGACAUCCUUCCCAUUUGCCCAGGGAGGUGUGGGAGCAAGGCUCAGAAGCUCUCUGGCUGGGGCCCUACCCAUCCAGCAAAGACUGCAGCACUGUUAUUGAACCACAAGGCAGCCCUGGAGGGCCAGUUUCUGCCAGAGAGGCUACAGCUGCUUCCCAUGAUGCUCUGUGCUCUUUGCCCAUUGUCAAGGAGCUGACUUGUAUUGGUUGCUCUUUUUAAAAUAUCUGUGGGAAAACAUCGUUGAAUAACUCCUAUCUCUGGGCUGCCUUUAGUGUUCUCUUUCCUUUCCCUGUCCCUCUCUCUCCCUUCCUUCUCCUCUCCUCCCCCCAGCCUAUCCUCAGUUUAGACAAGGAGCGGGGAGAAGAGCCCUCAAGUUCAGGAGGCCUUUGUCAUUUGAACACUGUGGCCUUGAGCAAGUCCUCCGAAAAAUGAGAAAUGCCGCGUCAGCCAAAAUCCUUACUCCUCUCCCUUGUGAAGCAUUGUAAAUUGGAUAGGACCCAUUUAUUUGCCCACUCCCUGCUCCACAGGGGCCUGAUGGAAUCAGGCGGUCGAGGCAGCAGGCCCCCGACAUUUCAUCUCGCAGGUCCUCCAGGUUCCCAGAGCCCCCCCAGCGGAGAAGAUUCCCCAGUGUCUCCCUGAGAAGACAGAGGAGAGGAAAUGGAGUGAGAGUGGGGUUGUUGACAGUGACAGAAGGAGAGAGAUUAAUACACAGCUGAGGUGGAGAAGAAUCCCCAGCCCUGCCACCUGUUCCGCAGAGGGGCUAGAAACAGGAGCCACUGCACCAACGUGUUGGGGAUUAAUCAUUCUAGAAAACCAGCACUGAGGGAAAGCCAACCUUCAACGUUUGCUUUUCAUCUACGUCGCUCUCUCGGGCUUCUUGGCAGCAUCUCACCACUGCUCACACUGCUGUCCUUCCCUGCUGACAGCUAAACGAGUCUUUGAAGUCACUUCACCCAGCUGAAAGCGGCCCGAGUCCUACUUCAGCACGGCUUUUUGGAUCUCAUGGAGGAUUGGAUACACUGGCCUAGAAAGACUGCUGUGCAUCUCCUUUCCUCCUAAACUCGCAUCCUUUCCCAAAGCCACAUGGGAUCUUGAGGAUUUAGUGCCCAGCAGCCCUUUCUAGAGGCUGAGACUAGACUGUCACCUUGAGAGGGUGUAUGGGUGGCUGUCCCUUCAAUUACCUUUUACGGUUUCUUAGUUAAUAACUCCAGAGGUCCAGUGGCCUCCAGUGGCCAGAUACCCAGGACAGUUGGGUGUGGGUUUCUUUCUUCCCAUACUGAAUUUUCUCCCCAGGGACAGAGGUCUGUGUAUCUCGUCACUAAGAUGAGGCCAGGCAUAGAUGGUCACCCUUUCUUCUUCGAUCUGACCCUUUGGAAAGGUUCCCUCCUGGAUGACGUUACCCAAAGUCACCGCUAAAGGUAUGUCUCUCCCAGCUCUGCACCCCUCCUGGCUCCUCCUUACUUGUGCUGAAUGUGUAUGUGUGUGAGUGACAGGUCCUCGGGCCCAGCUGCAGGACAAGUUGGGCUUCUGGGUCUGUCGUUGGAUUAGCUUUUUUCUCUCCCGUCCUUGUGCUGCACUCCCACAGUCAAAGGGAAGAGGCCAAGAUUGUCGAUGGAACCUGGGUCUCCCGAAAGGCAGAUCCCCAACCCUUCUGCCCGGGACCACUUUCCCCCUUGAAACCACAAGCUUCAAAUGUCAGGUAGGUGAGUGAUGUGAUCUCCUGAUUCUUGCCUCUUCCGUCUUGCCUCACUUUUAAACUCACCUCUAGUGUGAGGCUUGGCGUUUUUGAGCCUGAAGUGACUUCUCCUUCGAUUUCAGCUCAGGUUUGUCCUGGAGGGUGUCAGGUUCUGAGCUAUUUCUAAGCACUGGCUGGGCUGGAGGCUUUGUCCAAUCACAAUCUCCUUAGAUGAAUCAGCAAGUGGGACCUGGGGAAAUAGUGGUUCUAGUAAAGGCCUCCUGAUUCUGUGCUUACAAAUCUUGCCCCUUGACCAGACCGCCCAAUCCCCCGGGCCCGUCUUGGGUCAUGGAGGAGCCCUGGGCUCACUAAAGAGGAUGGAAUUUCCCUGCUGGGCUCCUGGUAUGUGGGUCAGGAAGGGGAUUUGGAGAUGGUGUCUGGAGGAGAGGAAACCCAGUUGGAUGGAGGAUGGAGCCAAGAAAAGGGAAACAUGAGUCAGAAAGGAAUACCGGUGAAUCCUGAAAACAGACAAUUGGCAAACUCUUGUUCUGGUCUGACUAAAGGGUGUUAGAGCUCUCUUAAAGUUCUCUGUGUUCUCAGUCUUUUCCCCAAGUGCACAGCUCAGAAAUGCUAACAAUCCCUUUCGCUUUCUGGUGACGUUUCCCCACCCCUGCCCGCCUGGCGGGCUGGCGUUGUUUGGCCUUGGUCACGCUAAAUUGAUUUGUUAAGUAAACUUGUCCCCGGACACCAUACCUGGCCACCUCCCUUGACCGUCGUCUUUGCCUUUCUCUGAAACCAGCUUGAACUAGGGGAUCGCAUCUUUGUAGAGGUACUGGUGGUGGGAAAGCAAAUAUUUGGCCUAAAGUGCAACCAUUUCAGGUUAAAAUUCAGGUUGGAAACGGACUUUUGCCAAGUGAACUUGUGAUAUUACUCUUGGGUGAAAGUGCAUUUUCCAGUCCCCUGAGAAAAUGAUUCAGAAGUGCAAGCUCAGCAUCCUGUGAGGGAAGGGAGGCCAAAAUCUGGGUCAAUCUUGGAAGGUGGGAGAAGGACAUCUUUCUCUUCCCACAUCAGGAGCUGUCAAUUGGGCCGAGGAAAGAAAUGCUACUAAUGUCUGGGACAGAGGAGCCUGGAAGGACAAGUUGCUGGGAAAAUCAAGUCGUGCACACAGAAUUUUCAAAAUCACCUUCCUGGAGGUGAAACAGUAGGCAUUGCCUUUUGGUAGCAAGGGGCAUAGGGAUAUUUUUGAAAAAGAGCCCUGUUUUCUUUUCUAAGAAGCCAAUAAGAUGUGGCUGGAAACAACUUAGUUCGCAAUUAUGUUCCCACCUAGUGAACUACAAUAUAGGCCAGCCAGCACACUCCAGAGCAGCGGUGCUUUGGAACAGAAACCUUGUGGGGAUGAAGCGGGAAGGUUUUCCUUGGCCUCUUAGCCAUGAGCCUCGACUGGAUUCUCCAGAGAGGCAUGAUGCAGAAGGUGUAUGAGGUGAAGGGGGUCGAGGCGGAGGGGAAUGGGGAGCAGGGGCUCAAGGUUAUGAGUAACACGGUCUGGGGGAGUAGCAGUUUUGCAGUCAUGUGCGACAGGAGGCUUGAUGCCCUAUUAGAGCAAUUUAUCCUCCAGCUGCCCACAACAAAUUGCUUUUAGGCCAUUUCCCCACGAGUUCCAAUUUCCACCUUGGCAAGUUUUAAUAUUCUUGCUGAGAUAUUCUGAAGGAAAGCCAUUCCAACACCAUCCAAUUCCCCAGGAUAGAAAAUUCACUCUCCAAUGAGGUUAAAAAGCCAAUCCUGACCUGCUGGGGUCGAACAGUUUGGAACCAGAGUAAAAGAAAUUUUCUUUGUGUUGGAGAUUUUUUUUUUUUCCAAAUUCAAGACAUUGGCGAUUCUGCUUUGGGUGGAAAGAGUCUCUUUAAUAUCUCAGAAUUUUUAAAGCACAUGAAAAAUAGGUCUCCCUGCUUUUGAAAUUGGCUGACAUUCUGAGUGGUCAGAGAGAAACAUAAGCAGGUAGGAGCCUGGUGCUUUCUCCAGGUAGAUAAUGCAGGGACCUUGGCUGGAAGUUUAAAAUAUGGACAAGAACUUUGCAAUCCUGAGGGGCUCGUUGGCUCCUGGUUCUAGGUCGCCACUGUGCCCAUAGAGUUGGGGAGGGCCAAGGUCCAAGAGGCACAGCACCAGGACUUCUCAGCAGGGCUUCUCCUCCCAUGCCGACGCCCACAACUUUAGCUAGGCUGCCUGAAGAAUUUUAGUGAGAGGCGAUCAUCGAAGCUGAAACGGGGCAGAGGAGGUUCUCAGGGUGCUCAAACAGUAUCACCAAACGAUGAGGAGCAAGGGCGGGAUGAGGAUUGGGUGGAGAUGACGGUAUCACGCUGGAGAGAGGAGAUCAGAGGAAUCGCAUGUUGGAACAAGGCUGUGAUGGCCUGGGGGAGGUUGAGCUGCCUCGGAGAACAAGAUCAUUGUUCUGUUUGUGAAUUUAUUCCUCUCUCACCAAGUGACUGGAGAUUGUAAUCAGUUUUUCUAAUAGGUAUUGACAGUGCUCAGUGGCAGCAGCCUCUCGAGAGGGCUGCUAUCGAUCUGUUAGGUUCUGAUUCAUUUGGCAAGGAGCCAGCCAGAGCCCUGACUCUGCCCAACCUGGGGAUGUUAGCCGGCACGGGAUCUCUCACUCCCGGUAGGGUCUCCCGGCUUGGGGUGCGGGCCGCCCCAGGGCUGCACGAUGAGAAGGGGUGGGCUCUGUCAAGAAUGGUAGUGGUGCCUUUGCUCCACCUCAGGCCUCCUGAAAGAGCCACCCUGGGAAUUCUCAGAGGGCCAAGAGUUUAUUUCACCAUUGUACCUCACUGUCCCCUCACCCCAGCCCCUACCCACUUCGGAAGGAAUCGCAGACAAAUCCACCGGCGGGCAGCGGUUUAUAUAUUGCCGCGCUUCGGUAGAAGAACAGCUUGGCCCUUCCUUAGAAAUAGUUGAGGGAUCAUCUUUGAGCAUGUAGACACACACAGACAAGCCCUCAUAUGUUGGGCUGAUCCCAUCACUACCCUUCCACCGGGGCACUCUGCCAACGAAACUCGUUUCCGAGACCUUUCCCAUCCAUCCCUGUGGAUCCCGUGGUUCCAGCACUUCUCAUCCUCCUACCAGGGCUGGUCUCACCUUUGUCCACAGUGGAUGAGACCGGCAGGCAACAAGCCACUUUCAAGGUGAUAGUUGGCUCCUCUCCCCGGACCUUUCUACCUGGACAGCCUAAUUCAAGGCUCAGAGAAACAUCGUCCAGCCUCUUGAGAGUCUCGGGACUUUGGCAUUUCAAGUCUUUGAGUGGACACUUCCUGGCACCUGCCACCAUAAUUCUUGCCCCCUUUCUCUUGCCUUCCCAGCCGCGACUUAAAGUGGCUCCAGCUCAGAAGGAGGAGGGUGAGUUUUCUAGGAACUGGCUCAUAUGGGAACCAUCUGCUUCUCCUCCUGCACUGAGGCAGAACCUACUCUGUGGCUGGGAGACCACUGCCAGGGUUUCCCGGACCCUACCGCUUGAGAGAGUCCCAGCAGCUUGCAGGCAGCCUCAGGGUCCCUGAGGGUUCUAACAAGGAUGCGAACAAUGAGCUGGGGCCCUGGGGUCCUCUGACAUGGAGAGAAUCGAGAGCUUCUACUAACCAUUUGCCUGAGCUACAGAGAGGUGGUCUCUUUCCUUUAUUCCAGCAUUGGUUAGGUGUGUAUGUGAGUGUGCAUGGUUCUGUUCUUCCCUUACCCAAUCUAGUGACAGGGGCUCUGGGUGACUAGGUCUUGGCAGGAGAAUAAGGGGCAGAAUUGAUGCAAUGCCUCUGAGCCUGUUCUGGCCCCAGAUCGGGUCUCACUGGGGCCUGGUCCGGUCUGAUCCCUAAAGCUGCCCCAGCCCUCUGUUUUGCUAGUGGAAACCUGGCCAGGACAUGAUUUCUGGUGACAUGAGGCAAAGAGGACCGCUUCGGGUGGAAUCGUCCCCGGGAGCCCAGGUAUGGCCAAAACAGGAUGGGGAGCAAAGGACUCAGAGGGCCAGACUGUCCUAGGGCUGGCCCUGCCGGGCAGUUCGGAUGGAUACGGAUUCUGAGGCUGCCUCACUCCCUCUCUCUCUCUAGACAGGACUCUUCAGCUGGUCAUUCACUUCAUUCACUCGGUCUUCUUGGUUCAUCCCUUCUUCCCCUUUUAACCUCCAAGGGAGCCAUCCCCGAAGCUGAGCGGGAGGGUAAGGAGAGACGCAUAGACUCAAAUUUCACAGAAGAACUUGGUGGGAUUAGAAAGUUUUCACAAUUUCUCAGUGUUGCCACAAAAUUCUUUUCCUUGCCAGAGCUGCUAUAGCCUCCUAGCAGUGGCCUCUCCUUUUGGUCCUGUCCCUCUGCCUCCGGAUCCCACGGCAAGUCUCCGGCCCGCUCUUCUUUCCUUUCCCUCCAUCGACCCUCCACAUCCUAUCCUGGGAAGAUACAUUUUUCCCUGGCUUCCUGGGAUGGGGAGCAGUGCUGUGUGGUCGGACCUUCUUUCUCUGUUUCUGAAGCAGAGUCACACUAGUGACAGAAUGAGAACUGCAAGGCAGCCUUCUUCCCCAUCUUCCCUCCUUCCUGUUUUGGAAGAGACCGUGGACAGUCACCGAGAACCUGCCAGGUUGCGGUGGGCCUUCGGAGAAGAGCCAAACCUGUACCCUCCCUUCUUAUUCACCCUCCCUCCCUCCCUAUUCACUCUCCCUCCCCUCCCUCUCAAUUCCUCCCACCUCUGUAAAGCACUGGACGUUACCAUUUUUCAGUCGAGUUGUCUGGAUUAACUUCAGUCGAUUGUAAAUAUACCGCUUGGGGCAGGUGGGGGGCAGGGGAGGGAGGACUAGCUUGUGAAACGAAUGUAUUUUUAUGCAAAUUGAGUGGCCUUUCAAGAUGAAUGAUUUUGUUUUACUGGUUGUCAUUCUAUAGUAUUAUAAGUAUUGCGUGUUUGAAAGUUUGGAAUAAUAUUCACAUCUAUAUGAUGCCUGUAAACACAACAGUAUUUAUAAAUGAGCAAAUAAAAUUGUGUUUUAACUUGA